ACUGACCAACGAUCAACUCUACGAUUUGUCACGUUUCUCCAGUUCCUUUGAUGACUUUUUUACGAUACAACCUCUUCCAUAUUCCUGUGAUUCGGAUUUUUUGUCGUUGGCGUUACCCUUGUUUGGAGAGAUAGCAAGCCGUUCUCUUUCUUGACCCAGUUGCAUCAUCGUCCAGUCAUUCAUCAAGCUCCCCCCUCCACUGCAUUCAGCAGUGUCACGUCCUCUCAUCAUACGUCCAUCAAACCAACCUCCAGAAAAAUGACCGACUUCAAGCUGUCGGCGCAAUUGGUCGGGCACGAAUCCGAUGUUCGAGCCGCAACCUUCCCCUCUCCCGAUACCGUCUUAACCGCCUCCCGCGAUUGCAGCGUCCGCAUAUGGCGCCGCACCCAAGCAUCUCCCCCGAACUUCGACGCAACCCUGGUCAGCCGUGGCUCCGAAUACGUCAACUCGAUCUCCUUCUUUCCUCCGUCCAGUGAGCACCCAGACGGCUAUGUUGUCUCUGGUGGCAAGGAUACCAUCAUCGAAGUCAAGUCCCCCAAAGCUUCCAGCUCCGAUAACGCCGAACGUCUCUUGAUCGGUCAUUCUCACAACGUUUGCACGCUCGACGUCUCACCCGACGGCAAAUACUUGGUAUCAGGUGGCUGGGAUGGUCAGGCGCGGGUAUGGAGCCCUGAGAAAUGGGAAACAGAGCUCUCGUUGAGCGGCCACGAAAGCAUGGCGGUCUGGAGCGUUGUUGCAUUUGAUGAGCACACAGUAGUGACUGGUUGCGCCGACAAGAGCAUUCGUAUCUUUGACCUGCGGCAGUCUACCGCUGGUGAGGUGUCGCCAAGCUCUACCAUCUACACACCUGAUGUUGUCCGCGCUCUCUGUCGUGUACCCAACGGUCAUCCCAGCGGUGCAGACAUUGCGAGCGCAAGCAACGACGGAACAAUCCGCCUGUGGAAGCUGAAUGGCCAACAAGUCGCCGAGCUUCAUGGACACGAAAGCUUUGUUUACAGUUUGGCCAGUCUCCCGACAGGUGAGCUGGUCAGUUCGGGAGAGGAUCGUACCGUCAGGAUAUGGAAGGGUACCGAGUGUGUACAGACAAUCACACAUCCCGCCAUUUCGGUAUGGACAGUCGCUGCGAACCCCGAGACCGGCGACAUCGUUACGGGUGCCAGCGAUAGUAUUGCCCGCGUCUUUACACGAAGUCCCGACCGUACUGCCGAUGAAGCGACACUCAAGGAGUUUGAAGAGUCUGUCAAGGCGUCAUCGAUCCCUCAGCAACAGGUCGGGGGUGUCAACAAGGAGAAGCUUCCUGGUCCGGAGUUCCUUACCAGCAAGGCGGGUACCAAGGAGGGACAGGUUCAGAUGAUCAAGGAGGAUAAUGGCAAUGUCACUGCUCAUACGUGGUCAGUGAGCCAACAGCAAUGGGUCAAUGUUGGUACAGUCGUUGAUGCUGUCGCCAGCACUGGUAAGAAGGUUGAGUAUCAAGGAAAGAUGUACGACUACGUCUUUGAUGUCGAUAUUGAGGAUGGCAAGCCUCCUCUGAAGCUCCCUUACAACCUCUCUGAGAACCCUUACGAGCGAGCCACCAAGUUCUUGGGCGACAAUGAGCUACCGCUCUCGUAUCUUGACAAUGUGGCCAACUUCAUCACCGAAAAUACCAAGGGAGCUACUCUUGGUCAAACUUCAGAGGCCAGCGGGCCUGAUCCUCUUGGUACCGAGUCACGAUACCGACCUGGUGAGAACACCCAGCCCAAGGUGCUCCCCCAGAAGGACUAUCUCAGCAUUACAGCAGCCAAAUACGAAGCAAUCUUCAACAAAAUCUUGACCGUCAACAAGAACAUGAUCUCAUCGGGUCGCAAAGAUGCCGCUUUGAACCCAUCCGAUGAAUCUGUGCUGUCGGAACUGCGCGCCGCGCUUGAGUCUAACAAACCCGUUCCCCAAACAGCCCUGCCUCUUCUCGUCCGCAUCCUUACACAAUGGCCCUACUCUGACCGUCUCGCCGGUCUUGAUCUCCUUCGUUGUGUCGCGAAGUACCCUCUCGUCGCUCAAUUCUCUGACCCUACCGUUGGCUCCCUUCUCGACCUUGCUUUCGCGUCCUCUCUACCCCAGGGCGAAACUCCCAACGAGAACGCUGCCAUGAUGGGUCUGCGUACCCUCGCCAACAUCUUCUCCACCGCGAAUGGCCGCUCGAUUGUUAGUGCUCAAUCGGACGAGGCCAUUUCGUUCCUGGAGCGUAUCGUUGGUGUGUCCUCGGAACCCAUCGGGCCGUUCAAUCGCAACGUCCUCAUCGCUGCUACAACCGCAGCAAUCAACCUCUCAGUGCUCGUCCAUCGCGAGCGCCUCCUCACACCCGAUCAGCGUCGCCGUCUCGCUAUCCUUCUCGGCACGAUCCUCUCCCGUGAUGGUCAAACAGACUCAGAGGUUCUAUACCGCGCCCUAGUAGCGCUCGGCACAUUGCUCUCCGCAUCAAAGGCGGAGGCGGCUAAUCUCGGUAUCAAGGAGUGGAUCCAGAGUGCUGUUGGACGAAGCUCUGAGGAGCGUGUCAAGUCUGUCGCGGCCGAGUGCGCUAAGGUCGCUCCGUGAAUGUGAUGUGAUGGUGACGGGUAUGCAGGCAGAUACAGCGCCAAGACGGGUUCUGCUUGACGUGGAACGGCGGAUGUACGGAAUUAGAAGAGAAACCCAUAGAAUUAGCGGUAGACGAAUGCGAUAGAUUGAUACGCAAUGGCUUUGUGGUGAUUGUGAUGUCUGUGGCGUCG